AUGCCCUAUUCAGAGGCUUUUUUAAGCUCGAAACUUGAUCCCAUAAGAAUAUCAUAUGAUGAUUUAGUAUCCGCUACCAACUUCUUUGCAGAUGAUAAUUUGAUGAAUCGUGGUACGUAUUCAGAUGUUUACAAAGGAAACCUUUUGAGGUCUGAAGAACGGAUCGAUGUUGUGAUACGGAGGUAUUAUUCUUCAUUGACGUUACGACGCAUUGAGUUCCUGAAAGAGAUUCAGGAACACUCUGACCUCAAACAUAGAAAUGCUUUAUCUAUUGUUGGGUUCUGUGAUGAGUAUGAUGAGCAUAUGAUGGUUUUCGACUAUCAACAAAACGAAAGUCUUGAAAAAUAUAUAAGUGAUCCAACGGCUCUCACAUGGUCCCAAAGAUUGAAAAUAUGUCUAGGCGCCGCAAGUUUUUUGAGAUAUAUUCAUGAAGAUAUGAAAAUUAAUUCAAAUCAUGGCUAUGACCAUGAAAUCAAGAGCUCUAAAAUUUUGUUAGAUAGAGAUUGGGAAGCCAAGGUAAUUUGUUUUGGAUUUCACAUAGAAUAUAUGUCCAGAUAUUCAUAUUCAAAAUCCAGCUACACAGACCCAGAAAAUAAUAGAUCCCUCGGGGCAGGAUCACAGCCAGAUACGGGACACUACAGGAUCUCCAAGUCAAGAUCCAGCUACAUGUCUGAUGUCUACUCUUUCGGAGUAAUAUUGUUUGAAGUCCUUUGUGGGAAGAAGGCAGAGGUUAAAGACCGCGGUGCAUAUGAUUCUUUUGCUCGAAUGGUCAAACAAGAGUAUGAAGAGGGAAGCCUAGAUUACAUCAUCAAUCCUGUUCUUAGGAAACAAAUGCACCCAAUAUCAUUGUCCAUCGUGUCACAAAUAGCUUAUGAUUGUCUCCAGCAAACCAACAGGCGCCCAAGCAUGAAUCGGAUAGUGGAAGGACUUCAGCAAGCAUUGGAAUUAUCUUUGAAAAAGGAAAAUCUUAUAGUUCACAGUGCUCAUUAUAUUGAUACUGAGAAAGAAAAAACAAAAAAUGAAACAAUCGGUUAG